AUGGUCACGUGACAAAGGGGAAUUUGAGACUCUGUGAAACCUGCAGUCUGUGUUUGCGCAGCAGAGAACACUUUCUUGUUAAGCGUCAAACUUGAAGUGGAAACAUGCCGCGACUCUCUAUACUCACGCUCAGCCUGUUACCAUGGAUCCCAGUUGUUCUCUGCUGGGUGACCACUGUAGACGAGGUUAGUGUCCUGGAGGGUGGAUCCAUCACUGUCCCGUGUCGAUAUGACCCUAAGUAUGCUAACCAUGUCAAAUACUGGUGUAGUGGGAGCAUGAGAGAGUUCUGCACCAGCUUGGCUCGAACUGACGAGACCUCCUCGACCAAUCCAAGUAAAGACAAAGUGAGCAUUUUUGACGACCCGGCCCAGGAGAUGUUCACAGUGACCAUGAACAACCUGAAAGAGACGCAGUCUGGGUGGUACUUGUGUGGUGUGGAAUUAGGUAACGGGUGGAAGGCCGAUGAUGUUGCUUACACUAAAGUGAAAGUCAUUCACGGUGUGUCAGUCGUGAACAGCAUGGUGAGUGGGGAAGAAGGAAGUAGUGUCACGGUUCAGUGCCUUUACAGUGAAAGAUUCAGAGAAAGUGAGAAGAAGUGGUGUCGGAGCGGAGGCUGGAGCUCCUGUCUGUCGACGGGUUCUGAAGGGAGUUACGAAGAUACUUCAGUGGCCAUCAGCGAUGACAGAACUGGGACUUUCACUGUAACCUUAAAGAAGCUGCAGAUGAGAGAUGCUGGCUGGUAUUUAUGUUCUGCAGGGCAGCAGCAAGUAGCCGUACAGGUUCAGGUCAGACCACGCGCCUCUACUACGACAGAGCCUGUGACAUCCCCACCUACUCCGAGUCAGUCUGCUGUGUACCUCCCUCCACCCAAACCCAUCACUAAGGAGUCCUGGAACAGUCACCGUUACAUGUUGGAGUCUAUAGCGGUGUGUUCGUCUCUCCUGCUCCUUGUGGGCUUGGCUGUAUUGGCAAGAAAGUUGUGGAUACUGCACAAGGAGGAUUCUGAACUUAGACACUUUAAGGAGAUGAAAGAGAGAUUCCCUGAUAAUCCAUCGGGCAUGAGUGACCUGCAAUAUGUUCCUAUUGCUUUCCAUAACAAAGCUACCAUGGACGUACGUGCUUACUAAGAUCAUUUUGUGAAUUGUUAAUUGUUACUCUUUGUAACUGAAUGUAAUUUUUCUAUUAAUUUCCCACACAGAACAUAUGGUCUUUGUUCCAGUAUCUUUUUUACCAUACCAAACCACGUCUGAACAGAGCUAUAUGUUCUGUUUCCUGUAAUAUAAAUUUUGGACAUUAUAGUCUUGUCUUGACUCAGUAUUUUAGACUCAAUAAAAUAAAUCAACAAAAUACACAUGUAUAAUUAUAUGUGACUUUUUAUUUAUGUACCAGACUCUAUGUGUUUAUGCAACCUGUGACCUUUUUGGAAAAGAGGGAAAGAUUUUUGCUAAUUUUAGGGGUCAUAUGGCAAAGUUACUAGCUAGAUAAUCACACACAAAUAUCAACCAAGUUUAGCAUUCAGGUAGAAAUCUAGGCGUAAAACUUUCCUUUUUAGUUUUUUUCACUGCCUCUGUGCUUACAUGCCACUUUGCAUUUAAUCGUCAUUAUUAAUCUCUGGCUUUCUUCCACUGUGUAUCUUUUGUCAUGUCUUCCUCAACAAACCAGUCAAUGCAGAUGUCUUCCCCUCCCUGAGCCUGGUUCUGCCCAAGGUUUCUUCCUGUUAAAAGGAAAAGGGAGUUUUUCCUUCCCACUGUUGCAAAGUUCUUGUUCAGGGUUAGCUCCUUGUAGCGUUUUUACAUUAAUAUAUAUAACACCUUGAGGCGAGUGUUGUUGUGAUUUGGAGCUAUAUAACUAAAAUUAAAUUUUGUUGAAUCUGCCAAAGUUGUUACUGAAGAGAAGAAACACUCACUUGGGGUUUAACUGUUUGUGUUUCACAGAUGGCGUAUAUGGACAGUAUAGUUUACUUUUGUCUCUGCUUUAGUUUCUGUCUAUUUUGCUUACUAAUGCAAUUGACUAGGGCUUUUUAAUGCUGCAUUUGCUCAAAAGGGUCAAAAUCGUACUCUAACAGUGUAGAAAGUGCAAAAAUGAUGUCAAAUACUGUCAGGAGCACGGCAGCGCUGCAGGUGGCGAUAUAAUCUUGUCUGUAUUAAAAGGCUGACCAAUCAGAAGCCUAGGAGGAACCGUCACCAACAAUAACACUGUGCACAUUCUGACAUCAAAGAAGGAAAUAGAGGCCCAAACCUUUGAUGCAUCCAGACAUCAAAGGUGGGCUGUUUUCCUUGUUCACAUGUGAACACAUAAACUGUCUUUCUGAAAACCUUCACCCUGGAAGCAGUUUUUCCAAAGUGCUGUUUUCAGUGAUCUAAAAAGCUGUUUACAUGCUUACAAAAAAGCUACAUUUUUCUAUGUAAGUGUAGACAGACCCACACAGAGCUCUCUUUUUGUCUUUAAUGCAUCCAUGUGUAUAUCAGUUUCAAGAGGAAGAAACUGUUACAUUCUACUGAAACUACUACCAAUUGAGAAUAAAAUUGACUAGUUUAA